CAUCCCAUCGUUUUCUCACCCUGCAAACAGACCCUUACCCUCCACCCCUUUGAAAAUGGAGGAGAACGCCAACAGAGCCGAAGCCAUACGCCUACUAGGAAUCGCCGAGAAGCUUCUCCAAAACUGCGAUUACAACGGCUCAAAAGAGUUCGCAAUCUUAGCCCAAGAAACCGAGCCCCUCUUGGACGGCUCAGAUCAGAUCCUAGCCGUCGCCGACGUCCUCCUCGCGGCUGAUAAAAGAAUAAACAACCACCAUGAUUGGUACACCAUCUUACAAAUUGAUCGCCGAUCCGAAGACAACGAUCUCAUCAAGAAACAGUAUCGUCGCCUAGCUCUCCUCCUCCACCCCGACAAGAACAUUCCCUACGCCGAUCACGCGUUUAAGCUCGUAGCCGAUGCAUGGGCCGUUUUAUCUAACACCUCAAAAAAAUCCCUUUACGAUAAAGAGUUGAGCUUGUUUACGAGGAUUGAUUUAAGCAGCGCCGGUGAUCGUUCCAAUCAUGCAGGGAAAUUACCGGUCACCAGAAGAGCAAAUCAGGAGCGCGUGCAACACCACUCGCCGAAUUCGAAGACGCAAAAUGAGAAUCGAAAGUUAAGGUUAUCCACAUUUUGGACAGCAUGCCCCUACUGUUAUAGGUUGUUUGAGUAUCCUAGAGUUUACGAAGGUUGUUGUUUAAGGUGCCAGAAUUGUCAGCGAGCUUUUCAUGCGAUUUUGAUUCCGACUUUGCCACCGUUGGUUCCAGGAAACGAAGCGUAUUAUUGUUGCUGGGCGUUUUUUCCAUUAGGAUUUGGAUGCGAUCAGGAGGGUGGAGGAGGAAAAGCGGCAACGGGAUUCCCGAAUUGGAUGCUCCUAUAUUUCCGCGGAGGGCAGCAGGCAAGCGAGAGAAAUGGAGGUAGUGUGCCAGCUGUGGCAACACCGGCUUCCGCCGCCGCCGCUGCUACAACGACCGCGAAGAAGGUGGUCGAAAGUAGGAAUAAUGUGGUUGGGAAUGUGCCCGAGUUGGCCCGAAGGAAGAGAGGGAGGCCGAGGAAGAAUCCUCUGUGAGGGUUGAUUGGUAAUGCAAUAUGGUUUUUUUGGUCGCUCUGGUAAGAAGGAACCCUCAACGUAAUGCAAGAGUUUUGGAGGCGGAGACGGAAAAAAUUGUGAUGAAUGGAAGACUAAGGUUGAGGCUGUACCUCUGCUUUGUUGGGGGAAUGUGUAGGUAUCUUUCUAGUUGUUGUUAAUUAUUAUUUCUGUUUGUAGAUUGUAGAUUGUUUUCGUGUACUGACUGCCAAAUAGGUGAUUAUGUAACAUAAUGGUAUAUGCAGCAAUGUCAAGUCAGCAAGUUCUUUCCCCAUC